CACAACAAAAAAACCCAUUUUUCGCUAGUGUUUUCCACAAAAAAUGUCGAUAUAAGUAUUAAGAUGUGCUGCAUUGAAAGCAUAACGUUAAAUCAUGUUGCAGCGUUAACAAUUUAAUGAAAAGCUAUCUUGUUAACAACACUAGUUCAACAACUCCACUGUAUACGUGAAUAUAUAUGCGCCGUGUGUGUAUGUGUGUAAUUUAUAGUCUUGUUUCGCGCUUGGCUACAGGCAGCAGCAGCAGCAGUUGCAGCAGUUAUUGUUGAACGAUACGCCACCGCCAUGCUCAUAAGAAACGCUCCAAGUAUUCAACCCAAACGAGCAAGUGCCAAAAAUCGCAAACCAAGAGCGUGAGCACCCAAUUCCGCCCCAAAUUGAGUGUAGCGAGGCGCUGUCUGAGAACCAACUGAAGAGAGCGUAAGCAAGAGAGAUCGAUAGAGAGAUAGAGCAGGAGAGUGGAAGCCGGAGAACUAGUCAGGCGCUAGACAGUUGCAUUUAUAAUCGACGGCAUUUGUGGUGCAUCAUCAUCAUGGGCAACAAGAACUCGUGCUGCGCCUACUCGAGUCCACAGUCGGAUCGCAAGUCGAAGGAUAUACCGCCAGUGUUUGAGGAGCGGCAUCAGCUGCCGCACACAUCCCAGCAUCAGCUGGAUGGUCAUCAUGGAACUGGUGGCGUUGCAAUGUCCGUGCAUCACCAUCAACAGCAUCAUCAGCAGGGCAACAGCAAUGCGGACAAUUUUGAGAAUCAACAGAAUCUGCAACACAUCUCGGAGCGUGAAGCGCUCGAGGGUGAGGAGGAUCCAUCAGUGGAUCCAACGGCAGCUACCAUGUUUUUGGAGCGCUCCAAAGUGGAAAAUGGCGGAAUGUCGCGAAAACGUUCACAGCAUCAAAUUGCACAACAAAACAGCAGCAUCGGCGGCGGCGGCGGCGGCGGCGGUUCCAACACGCCUGGCGCCAACAGCUCGGGUGGCGGCUUCACUGGAGGUGGCGGUCUCAAAAAGAGCUCCUCGUGUUCCACAAUCUAUUUAGAUGAUAGCACCGUGUCCCAGCCAAAUCUGAAGAACACCGUCAAAUGUGUUUCGUUGGCCAUUUACUAUCACAUCAAGAAUCGGCAAUCCGAUCGGCGAUUAGACAUCUUCGACGAGAAGCUGCAUCCCCUAACACAUGAUCAUGUGCCCGAUAACUAUGAUACGCUUAAUCCUGAGCAUCGACAGAUCUACAAGUUUGUGCGCACCCUCUUCAAUGCCGCCCAGCUGACGGCCGAGUGUGCGAUCAUAACUCUAGUCUAUCUGGAACGUUUGCUCACCUAUGCUGAACUCGAUGUGGGGCCAUGCAACUGGAAGCGCAUGGUAUUGGGUGCCAUACUGCUUGCGUCUAAGGUGUGGGAUGACCAGGCAGUUUGGAAUGUCGACUACUGCCAGAUACUCAAGGAUAUUACGGUCGAGGAUAUGAAUGAGCUGGAGCGUCAGUUUCUCGAGCUUUUGCAGUUCAACAUAAAUGUGCCCUCUUCCGUUUAUGCCAAAUAUUACUUUGAUUUGCGCACGCUUGCCGAAGCGAAUGAGCUCAAUUUUCCCACUGAGCCGCUGUCGAAGGAGCGCGCCCAAAAACUGGAGGCCAUGUCACGUGUCAUGCAGGACAAGGUGACAGCCGAGGCGCUCAAGAAUGGCAUCAAGAAAUGGUCCUCAAUGGACAAUGUCAGUCAGGGCGGACCGCGACGCAGCGUGGCCAUAUUAUCGUGAUUUAUAUUAGCUUAUUAAAAACUAAACCAACAAAAAUUGUAUUCUAUUCUGUGUAGAAGCCGUAGCGGUACCGACUUGUCCUUCCCACACAAAAGAAACUAAGAAAUUGUAAACUGAAAAAGUCGCGCCUGUAAGUGAAAACGUUCACAAUUUGUUUAACGAACUUCAAUUUAUACAUUUCUUAUGACUUGAAAUUCAUUUGCUAUCAUUUAAUUAAGUGUACUAACUUUAUGAGAAAGUUACAUUCAAAAUCUAACGAAGGCAGCACACAUGAAUGAAAAAAACAAAAGUAAAUUUUCAAAAAUAAUGAAAGUCUUUUACACACACACCCACACCACGUCUCGAAUUAAGGACCACUUUUUAUAUAUACACACAAUGGUAUACAAUACUACCGAUUGCAGUCAAGGAUUUGGAUGUCUUUUAAAAUAUGCCUAACAACUACAACAGCGCGUAACCAAUUGCCAAAAACAGAAAUACUUAAAAAAAAACACAAAAAAAUAAAAAAAAAUGAAAUUGCACUGUAUAAAAAGCUUGAAUAUUGAACAAUAUAAUAUUUUGUAAUUUGGUAAAUUUAGUCACAACGACAACAACAAAUCGACUUAUCUCAAUGGAUUCCAAAGUGACUAAUCCAAAAAAAAAGAAAACAAUUUUAACAGCAACUGCGCCCCCAAAAAACUAAAAGCAAGAAAUUCUUUCUGUAAAUUUGUAACGAAUUUAAUAUUGUUUUAUUUUUGUUUGCUAAAUUUCAAUUAUGUUAAGCGAUUUUCUAAUAGUUUCGAAUAAGUUCACAUAUAUAUUUAUAUAUAUACUUGAUCGAAUCGAGGCGCAGCACAACUAUUUGGGGCGUGGCAUGCAUCAAAAUAUAUUUGUUUUGAUUAAUAGUAAUAUUUAAACACAGAGCGCAAUAUUUAACCCAAGAUUUGUGAGUACAUUAAU